AUGAGACAAAAUUCAUUACACAACCAGAAAGAAUGACUUGGCAUCGUAACACUUGUCUGCCCCUCUUUCCGGUUAAGUUUAUUCCACGAUUGCUAAAUUUAAACCCCAAUUGUCCAAUAUUUAUAAACUCUUCAAUCCUCUGUUUGGUCCCUCUCAAAUCAAAAGAUUAGUUCACGGGUUUGGUUAAUCUCUUGUUUGACUCAAAUUGGUCAUGCUUAUUCUGCCUGAAUCACAGAUUAAGAAGAUGAUCAAUCUUCUCUUAACUUAAUCGAGUUCAUAAUUAUAGCUUAAUAAUUAUGAAUAAAGAGAAGAGAGAUUCUGUACACCCCGUGCUGCUCAAAUUGGGGGUGACUAUAGUUGUCUCACUUGGUGGCCUUCUUUUUUCGAUGUUCAGGAAAAAUCUGAUGAAACCCUCUCAACCUCCGCCUAGCUCUUCAGAUUCAAGACAUCAAGCGCAGUUUGAAAUGGAAGUAGAUGGGCAUAGAGAUACUGCUGCUUCUACUGCUUCUUUUGUGCCAAAUGAACAUGAGGACUCACAUCGGCCUAUAGAGAACUCUACUACUGGCCUCUCCAGAAGUGGUAAAUCUAUUGAAAACAAAGAGGAAUUUCUUUUGCCAGAUUUCGAUGAAAUUCUGAAAGAAUUUGAUAUUUCUGCUACGAAACUCAGGACUCCUGAGAAACAUGUAGAACCACUAGUGCCAGCUACAGAAUCACCAACAGGAUAUGAAGAUACCGAAAUGGAUGAUCAAGAAAAAGAGAUGAAGAACUUGAGGAACCUGGUUAAAACUCUUAAAGAAAGAGAAAGAGCCCUUGAGGACAAACUGCUCGAGUACUAUGGUCUUAAAGAACAAGAAAGCGUUGUCAUGGAGCUUCGUAACCGUUUAAAUAUAAGCAAUACCGAGGUGAAACUCUUUACUCUCAAGAUUGAGUCUUUGCAGGCUGAUAAUAAGAGACUAGAGGCGCAAGUCGUAGAUUACAGUAAAGUUGUGGCAGAUCUUGAAGCUGCGAAAGCACAAAUAAAGCUUCUUACUAGAAAACUUAGGUCUGAAGCUGAACAAAACAAAGAACAGAUUUUAUCCCUUAAACAAAGAGUUACAAAAAUGCAGGAGCAAAAGCCAGUGGCUGCGAAAAGCAAUGUUGACAUACAGACAAUGCUCCAAAAAAUAAAGGUUUUGGAGGAGAAGAUAGAGGAGUUGAGGAAGUCUAACUACAAUUUACAGCUAGAACACCAUAAUUUGGAUCCUCAAGAUCGAGAAAACCUUGUUCUGGCUAAUGAAGAGGCAGGAGCAUUGAAGGCAGAAUGCCAGCUUUUGAGGAAAGAGAAUGAAGAUUUGACCAAGGAUAUUGAGCAACUCCAAGAGGACCGAUGUGCUGAUGUUGAAGAGCUUGUCUAUUUGCGAUGGAUAAACGCAUGUUUACGGUAUGAACUCAGAAAUUUUCAGCCUAGCCAGGGUAAAACCGCUGCUAGGGAUCUCAGUAGGACUUUAAGUCCCAAGUCUGAGGAAAAAGCCAAGCAACUCAUACUUGAAUAUGCAAAUAAAGAAGGUCUUGAUGGAAGUGGAAUCAAUUGCACAGAGUUUGAUUUGGACCAUUCAUCAUCUUCUCGGUCUUCCUAUCUCUCAGACUCUGGCGACUUGGAUUAUAGUUCUGUUGAUCAUUCAUCUGCUACCAAAAACAAUACAUCAAGCAGAAGAAAGAUAUUUGCUGGACUUAUAAAGCUUUUACGUGGGCACGGUCAUAAUCAUAGCAUAGGUUCAUCCCAAGAACUACCUGGAUCUGUAGAAGAUGUCACAGGGUUGGAUUCUACUGAUUUUGCAGAAGGUAAUUUCAGAGUUCCUGCAGGAACUGAUGGGAAGAUUAGUAAAUCAAGAACUUCAUCUCUUAGUUCAUUCAGAUAUUCUUUAGGUGGUUCAUCAAGACUUUCUUUGGAGAGUACAUCUAGGUCUGCAUGGGAUCACCAUAAACCUCCCUAUCUCCAAGAAUUAAGGAUUGAAAAUAGUAAUGACACAGGAUCAUCAUCCGUCUACGAAAACUCCGUUUUCUCUUCAGAUGUUGCCAGUUCAACUCCGAAAUAUCAGUCUAGUGAAGAGCUCGAAAAGGAUGACAAAAACAAUUUGCUAAAAUAUGCCGGAGCUCUAAUGAACACGCGGGGUAAGGCGUCAAAGCCUCGCAGGAAAUCAGCAUCUUUUAGUUCCCUAUAAAUAAAAAAGUAAUAGAUGGUACAUGUCUACAGUAUAUAAGUAGGUAUAUCGAUAAUCUAUUGUAGCUCUGUUUACCAUUUGUCCAAGAUGAAUAAUGUGCACUGGAAACCAGUCUCUGGCGUAAAAGGCUUUGUUACAUAAACUA